GUUGAGAAGGCAAUCCCCAUGUACAAAGUAGGACCUUUGACCCAUGACACGAUGAUGGCAUGCCUGGACGAGGCGGCGACCAGCGUGGAGUCGCGGCCAGCGUGGAGUCGGUGCGGCGCUUGCGAAGCCUCUAUUGGCGAGAGUCGCUGGCCCUGCUGUCGUCGCUGCAGAGCGACUUCUUGGAAUGCGGCCGCUUUCAGCACGGAGCCGUGCUGUCAUGCUGCUCAAAGGCCGCAGCCUGGCGUACUGCGCUCGAAAUCCCUCGGGAGGAUGCCAGCGCAUACACCAGUGCCAUGCAGGCCUCUCAGCGGGGUUUGCGCUGGGCGGCUUGCCUGGAUCUCCUGGAAGAGAUGGCGGCGCGGCGUGUUCCCGUGGACCUCCAGGCCCAGACCGCGGCGCUCGCGGGAAGUUGGCGCCGGGCGCUGACGAGCGCGCGGCGCCACAGCCUGGAGCCGGACAGCGCCUGGUCCGUGAUGGUGCUGAAAGCUUUGGAGCCUCGCAGCUGGCACCGAGCCUUCCACCAGCUGCAGGCGGACGCGCAGCGGGGCCUCAAGAAGGACGCGCGGCAGCUCUCGGCGGCCGCCGGCGCGUGGCCGAGGUCGCUGGAGUUCUUGGACCGACCAGGUGCCAACAUUGUGGUCUACAACGCCGUGAGCGCUGGGAGCCCCUGGCGCUCAGCGCUGCUGUCGCUGACUUCGGCCCUGCACGUGGCGCUGCGCCUGGAUGCGCUGGGGUACUGCUCCGCCGUGGCCGCCGCAAAAGCGGCCGGGCGCUGGGCGUGGGCGCUGUGGCUCUUCUGGGACCUCCCCAAACGACGUCUCCAAAGCGACGAGGUUUUGUUGACCGCUGCGGUGCAGGCGUGCCCUGAUUGGCAAGUGGCCGUCCUGCUCCUGGACUCCGCCCGCCGCGCGCGGAUGCGCCCUGCAGUGUCGCUGUCCCUGCAGGUUUGCACCUCUGCUGCCAACGCCUCGGAGUGGCGUUUCGCGCUGCGGCGCCUGGCGCGACUAGGCCCAGCGGCACACGUCACUGCCGCCGUCCGCUGUGCGCUCCAGGGCCGCGCGUGGAGUUGGGCGCUGCACCUGACCGCCGGCCGAGCGGCAAGAGGACGUGAAGGCUUUGCCGAUGUCUGCGCUAUGGCUAUGACCGCCUUGGAGAAGACUUCUCGCUGGCAAAGGCAGCAGAAGCUCUUUGAGGAUGUCCGGCUCUGGCGCUGCGAGCUGGACGCGGUGUGUGUCACCGUGGGCCUGAGCUCCUUCCGACCCUGGCAGUGGCCUUCGGCUCUUCACCUCACAGAGCGGUGCAGUGAUGACAACCAGGACAAACAGCGGCGCAGCGUGGUGCUGGAAGCGUGCGGCGCUGAUAACUGGCGCCUGGGGGUAGAGCUGGCGCUGCGAAAGGUGGAGCCGGAUCUGGUACUGUUUUCCCAGGCCAGUGCCUCCUGCGAACAAGGCCAGUGGGCGCGGGCGCUGUGCCUCCGCCGCGCGGCAUCCGCCGCCGGGGUCCAGGCGGACGUAGUGCUUGGAAACAUCGCCAUCUCUGCGUCGCAUUGGCGCCUGGCGAUCCGAAACCUGCAGGCAGAGGAGAAGUCCCUGAUCGGCUUCAGCUCUGCCAUCUCGGCGUGUAAGACAGGCUCGUGGCUCAGCAGCCUGGAGCUGCUGCGAGAAGCGGCCUGGCGCGGCCUCGAGGCCAACGCCGUGUGCGUGGCCACCUCCAUCCUGGCAGCAGCAGCGCACCACUGGGCCACCGCGCUCGCAGUGAUGCUGCGAUACGAAGCCCAAGGCGUGAGGUGCGAUGUGGAGACCUAUGCCGCGGUGCUGAUGGAAUGCGAGCACAGGGCCCCUCCCGAAGUGGAGGAGGAGUUGCUGCGCUUGGCGACAGAAAGCGGGCGAUGGAAAAGCCUCUGGCCAUCCGGCUGA